AUGGCUCCUUCCAAUAACCUUGUCAAAGUGCACGUGUCAAAGGAAAACAUGAGCUUCAGCGCCGCGCAUUUUAUCGCAACCAAGGGAUUCCGCGAAAAACUACAUGGACACAACUACCGUUUGGAAGUUUCGAUCACAGCACAGAUGAUCCAGGGUGGCUCCGUGGUCGACACUCGUGAGAUCAAAACGAUUUCGCAGACGAUCUGCAACGAUUUACAUCGAUCGUUUCUUGUGCCGAUGAACAGCGACACACUUACUAUUUCGCUUGGCAGCAAGAAUGUGCGCAUCGUCACGGAAGACUUGGCAACGUUUAGCUUUCCCAAGGCAGACUGUUCGUUUCUUCCAAUUGUCCACACCUCGGCGGAAGAGCUCGCCAUUUACACUAGCAAUCGGCUGGUGGACACGAUCACACUCGCUGCUCUUCUGGAGCGCGGUGUGCAGAAGGUGGUCGUAAGCAUAUCGGAGGCAGACCAGCAGUUCGCCUCGUACGAGCGCAUCAUCCUCAUGGACAUGCGCAAAAGCUAG